CACAGCCGACUUCAUCCUUCUAGAAGCCAGACGACCUUCUCAGAGGCUCGUGCUGCUGCUGCUGCUGCUCGUGUAGUUUUGUUUUGCUGUUUUUCUGCUCUGUGAUAACGACUUACAGCGGACGAGUGGACGAGUUCGUGCCGGUUUUGUUUCGUUUUGUUUGUGUUUUGUUUUUUUCCUCCGGGAUGGGAGCGAGCACAUCCGCGCAGCAGGACGCCAAGAGCGCCGAGGAGGAGCGCGUCGCGGACCUGAGUGAGACCCGCGGCGGCGACGAUGACACUGACGACGCGAAGCAGCUGCAGAAGAAUGGACAGAUCUCAAUCUCCAGCCUGAAUGGGAAGACGGAUGAGCAGACAGACUUUAACACACAAGAUGAGGACGAUACUUUGGCCGAGGUUGGCCAAACAGAGGCCAUGCCCCAGAAAGAGGACAGCCCUGAAUCAAUCGAGGUCCUCCAAGAUGAGGUUUCACCUCAAGUUAAUGGAGAGCAGGAGGAAAAUGAGUGUGUCAGUGCAAAUGAAACUACACCCACAGAAGAGAAAGUAGCUGAGGAGAAACCAACUGAGUCCAAUGAGGUGGGUUUCAAGAAGAUCUUCCGCUUUGUUGGUUUUAAGUUUACACUGAAGAAGGACAAGAAUGAGAAAACAGAGCCUGUACAGCUCCUAAUGGUGAAGGAAACUGAGGAUGGUGCUUCAGAAGCUGUUGUUGAGGAAACAAAAGAGGAACCUGUAAAUGCAGAAAUCCAGUCUGAGGAUGAAAAGAAACUGGAUGCUUCAGAAAUGGAGAAAGAGGCCAGUGCUGAAGAUGCUGCAAAGACUGAAACGGAACCAGACCACCCUGCAACUGAUGCCCCAGCAGAAACCAAAACAGAUGGUGCUGAAGAAACUGAAAAGACCCCAGCUGACGAGCCAGCUGAUGAAGUGGAAGCCUCUACUGAGAAAGAGAAAGAACCAGAACCGCAAGCCGAAUCUCCUACAUCUCCACCAUCUCAAGAGACACAGUCCCCUUUCAGAAGAUUCUUCACUCAGGGAAUCUUCUCUAACCUGCGGAAAAAGACAAGCUUCAAGAAGGCUAAAGAGGAGGAACCAGUAAAGGAGAAAUCUGCUGAGGAGGAUAUAAAGGAGGCUGAGGAGAGAGAAGAAGCAGCAGCAGGAGGGGAAGGACAAGGCAAGGAGGAUGCAGAGGAAUUGGAAACUGAUGACCAGGUAGAUAAAGCAGAAGCACCAGAAAAAUCUGAAGCAAGCCCUGAGGAAGCUCCAUCUGCCCCUGAGGAGCAAAAGGAGGAGGAACUGAAAGUGGAGGUUGAGACAGAAAGUGAAGCUGCACCAGUACAAGAGCCUGAAGCUGUUGAACAAGCUACAACUUGUGAGGUUUCAGAGACCUCUGCUGCUGAAGAAAAAGAUGAGACCAAACCCACUGAUGAUACCAAACUUAGUGAUGACAAGGCAACUGACUCUUCUGAAGAACAACUGACUCCUGAGAAAUCCCCUGCAGAAACAACCACUGAAGCUGAAGUUCAGUCAUCCCAAGACAAAGCCAAGGGUCAAGGGAGUCCACUGAAAAAAUUGUUUACUGGGGCAGGUUUGAAGAAGUUGUCCUCCAAAAAGCAGAAGGGCAAAAAAGAAACAGAGUCAAAGCAAACAGAAUCCACUGAGCAGGCAGCUGAACAGAUUCAGUCGUCCACUGAGUCAGAUGAGGCUCAAAAACCUGACAGUGGAGCCUCGUCUCCAGAAGAAUCUGGUGAGCAUGUUGUAGGUGACGCAAGUCAGGCUGAGGCCAGUGUGGAAGCUGAAGGUGAGGCAGCAACCUCUGACAGUGAGAAGAAGAAAGAUGGCAUCCUUCAUUGGGCCUCUUUCAAAAAAUUAGUCACUCCAAAGAAACGUGUCAAGAGGUCAUCUGAGAGUGAAGAUGAGACCCCUGGAGACAAGCCAAAAUCAGCCACCCUGUCCUCAACAGAGAGUGCUGUCUUCGAAGAGAAAACUGAGGAGAUUAAACCAAGUGAGGAAGUAAAGGAAGAAGCAAAGGAGGAAUCACCGGUUGAGGGCAAGACUGAGACAAAAGCUGAAAAGUCUGAACAAAGCACAGAGGAACCAAAGAAGAAGAUUGACACCUCAGUAUCCUGGGAAGCCCUUAUUUGUGUGGGAUCAGCUAAAAAGAGGGCCAGGAAGACUUCUGACUCUGACGAUGAAGAAACUAAGAUUGAGGAAGAGGUUCAGAAGUCUGGAGAAGAACAGGCCAAGACUGCAGAGUCACCUCUUGAAAGCUCACAGGAGGUUGAGCGUGAAAAUUUGGCCUCUUCUCCAGAACCAGAAGGAGAGCUUGUCUCUACAUGGGAGUCCUUCAAAAGGCUGGUGACACAACGUAAGAAACCCAAGGCUGAAGACAAGUCUGAUGAAGUGCAGGGUCCAGAGCAGGCAGCAUCUGACAGUGAACUACCCAAAGAGGAGUCAUCUUUCUCCCUUAGAAAACUAAUUCCCCGCAGAAAGAAGAAGUCUGAUGCUAAACAAGGGCAGGCGUCUUCUGAUGUUGGAUCUGCAGAAGAAGACUCUGACACACCUGCUGUGGUACCUCUGUCAGAGUAUGACAACGAAAAAUCAGAGAAGGCUACAGAGGAAGAAACAAAGACAGAGGAGGCAAAGCCAGAGGUCACACCUGUCACUCCAGUCACUCCUGGAAAAGCCUCAGCUGAGGACAGAUCUCCAUCUUGGAUCUCAGCUACUGUGGAGAAUGUUGAAGAUGAGGCAGAGGGAAAGCCACUAAGUGACAUACCUGAAGAAGGAGAUACAGCUGCUACACCUAAAUCAGCUGAUAACACCAUUGUGGAGGACAUCAUAGAGUUUACAUCAGAAGCUGUCACUGCCAUUGAGCCAGCAGAGGAAACAGAAAUGGUUUCUGCUCUAUCACGCAUCACAGAGUCACCCAUUACAUCUGGUGAGACUUCACCAGUACCAGAUGAUGGUGUGGUGAACAAAGCUGAAGCCAUUUUACAAGAAGCUGUGGAAACUAUCAAUAUUACAUCAAGUGCAGUGGCUGUCACAGUAACAGAAGAGCAGACAAAAAGAAUGGCUGUCACUACAAGCCCAUUCCAGAUUGAGUCAGCCAUUAAGGAGGAGAAAGUGGUCUUGGCUGUUCAUGAGAAAACUGAAGCAAUAUCCAUCUGCACAGGCCUUGACACCAGUGAAAUUAAAGCUGUAGAAGAAGAGAGUCCUUUGAAGUCUACAGUGGAAGCUGUCACCACUGUCAGCCAGGCACUGUCUAUAGAGGUGGCUGCUGAGGAUCACACUUUAAAACCUGAAGAAGCUGAAGUGGCAGAAGACAAAAUUUUUGUGGCACAGGUUAACGAAGUUCAAACUGAGUGCAAAGAAGAGCCUCCAGUCUCUGUAGAAAAUACUGUAGAGGAAACUGUAGAGGUUAAGACUACGAAUGAGUUCCAGGAAGCAGUCAAAGUGGCAGUGGUCACAGCAAUUCAACAGGAGAUAGAGAUUCUUGAGGAGCCAGUAGUCACAGAAAACACUCCAAAGGUGGUGCCAGAGAGCCCUGUUGAAUCAACUGUAGAACAGCCAGUCUGUGCUCAGACAGUAGAGAUCACUGAAGUUACUGCUGCUGAAGGGGAGGUGCAGGAGAAAGACGUUAAAGAAUCAGUCACCAGUGCUGAGGUAGUAUCUGUAGAAGUAGCAGGGGCUGUGUCAGAAGAAGUUACAACAUCACUUGCAGAUACCCUUGUACCUGAGACAACCAUGUCUCAGGAAGAUCCCAUCCCUGUCCUGGCUGCAACAGAGGAGGCUGCAGUAACAGAAGAGAUUGUCUGUGUUUGCCCACCCUCAGAAACUAAAACAGAAGAAGAAAUAAAGGUUGUUAUGGAGAGCGUUUUAACCACUCAAGUCCACAUUACCACAGAUGCUGAGGUUGUCUCAGCAAGCGUUUGUGUUGAGGAAAACAUUGAAGUUGCAUCAUCAAGUGUCAGUCCUGUGAUUGAGGAAACAUGUAAGAAAGAUGAAGUGGAAGCAAUGCAUCUGAAAGAAGCAGAAGCCAUUCAGGAACAGAGCACAGUCAUUGUUCAGGAAGUCCUUCAAAAUGUUGUUGAGAACCUCAGUGAAAUGCACAUGGGACAAGAGUUAGAAGAGAAGCCUGUGGAGGAGAUUGACACAGCAAAACCUGAGGAGGUCCCAUCUGUAGCUGAGGAGGAAAAAUUGUCACAGGAUGCACCAGUCACAGAAGAAAAAUUUACAGCAGAUACACAAAUUCAAGAAGAAACAAAGCCUGAGACUGAGAACAAAGCUGAAGAAGAACCGACCCAGGUCAUUACUGAGAGUUUGCCAGUCAAUGAAGCCAUUCAGAUUUCUGAAAUAGUUCUGGUUGCUAUGACAGAAGAAAUUAAAGCUCAGGAGGAAGAGGUGUCCUCAGUCUCUGUGGAAGCAACACAACUAUGUACAGAUGUAGUAAAGCAGGAAGUGGAAUUGAAGGAAGGUGAAAAGAAGGUAGAGGAUGACAAAUCAGUCACCACAGAAAGCGAAGAUGGGAAAUGUCAAGCUGAGAAAGAUCAAAAUGAAGAACCAAGUGGAACCACAGAGACACCAGCUUCAGAGGAAAGCAGUCAAACGCAAACCGUCACUCUUGUAAGCGUAAAGCAUGCUCAGGUUGUUGAGGAAGAGAGUCAGCAGAUCCAAGACAUGAAGACUGAGACAGCGACGGAGAUCAAUGUUGGCAUCAUACAUGUGGUGGAAGCAGAUGAAAGAGCAACGCAAGACACUGAAAUUGCCGUGAAAGAAGACAGCACCAAGAGUCAGGAGCCAUCAAAAGAUAUGCCUCAAACAGACUUGGAAGAGGCACAAAAGGAUAUUUCAGCACCAGACAUGAAAGGCCAGGAGGGGUCCGGAGAUCCUGACUGUCAGAAGACAGAUGCUGAAGCCAGUGAGGUGAAAACAGCUGCUGAGGACACACCAAAAGCCACUAAGGAAGAGGACAUGGAGAAAGAGAUUGACACCGUCACCACAGAGACUGCUACAGAGUCAUGAGCCAGCUACACGUGUCAGGUGGUUGCAUGGGAAGCUCCUGUAGAAGAUACAGGAACAGAAGAAAGAGCCAGAGACUCAUCCAUCUAUCCAUCCAUCCAUCCAUCUAUCCUAUAACAUGUUUUCGUAAUGUCUACGUUCCAGCCCACUUUGAGAAAUUUCUAUCCACAGCAUCACACCAUGACUCAGAUGGGUUCAGAUGUCACUCAUCUCACAUUGAGCGUUUUUGUUUUCUGACAUUUUAUUCUCACAGAGGUGUUGCUGUGUCGUGAAGGGCUGCUGUCAGAUGGAGAGAAAUGUGUGUGUAUGUGCUUUAUGUGUGUGUGAGAUCCUAUCUUGUAUAUUGUAUUUAUAUCUAAAAUAUUCUGUCAUCCCAACCUUGUCCUAAACGGCCUGGAAAUGGAUGACAUCACCCAGAUACAAGGUUGUUUUUUUGUUUUUUUUAUUUACGAAACAUGGUACACGUGUGCAGUUAAGCGUCAGAGUGUUUGAGAGCCAGCAUAAUCAUUUCCAUUCCUACUGUACAUAUAUAUCAUAUAUAAAACAUGCUUUAUUUCUCGACUGUGAAACUCGUGAAACUUUUUUUUUGUAGUUCUCCUGUGUUUGAGAAGCACAUGCUAUCAGUAAAACACUGCUUUCACCUUUAAUAUGUGAAUGAAUGGUUAGAUUUUGGUAUUAAAUGAGAUUUGACAGCACUGUUCGGUGGCACGUGAAGUACAGUAUGUAUUCUUUACUGUUUCUAAGUUGUUAUUAGAUAUUCAAAAGUAUUGCUGAGUGCACUGGCGCCAUCUACCGGAAGCCAGUUUUUAUGAAAUUAAUUUGCGUUCACAAUUCAUGUGUGUUAGUGUUGUUUUUUUGUUUGUUUUUUUUUUUUACAAACAUUGUUCAUAUCGCGCUCACAGCGUUUGUAUUUUUCAUCUGUGUAUCAUAAACUAACAAUAUUACUCCUUCCAGUGAUGAUCACCUUUAAUAACAAUUUAUUCACAAUUUACAUUUUUUUUAAACUACAUUCUUUUAGUGCUUAGAUGCAUGAGAUCUGAACAAAGCAGAACUGAGAUUUGCAAUCAGCGUGUAUAUGCAAAGCAUCGCAUCACUCGUUCAUUAAAUUCAUUAAGGUCACCUUUGUAAUCCUGCUGAUUAUAAAAUGCAAUAUAAAAUGUCUCAGUGAUACAGCAGUGACUAUCAGUGUUCUUGUUCUUGAGGCAAAUUAGAGGAUGUGAGAAUCUCUGCAAAGAUGCUUUAUUUUGUUAAAAUAGAAAAAGAAUGUUCUUCUAUCAUCACAGCUUGUAUGAAACCCCUGGGUCGCAUCCUGUUCUCUGCUUUUUAUAAAAAAAAAUAUUACUGUGAAGCUCCUUAACAUUUGUACAAAUUGUAUACCUAUGUAUCUUAAAUCAUAUUGUAAUAUUAAAUAACCAAUGAGAGCAUUAGACAAUGUUAUGUAGCAUGAUCUUCUCUGUUUUUUUGUUUUUUUUUUAUUUGUCAAGCUGUUAAUAGUAUGGAUACAGAACCCUGUCUAUAUUUCAUUUAAAUAAAAGUUAGCGCUGUAAA